CCGAAUCAUCCGGACGAGGAGCGGCGAGAGGCUCUCGGCUCAUUCCGCGAUAACGACGGACUGAUGGAGGCUCGUGCGGCCGGCCUCCGUCUCUGCUGCUUCCUUGUCGCUGCUCUCGCUCUCCAGGCCGAGGGAGAAAUGUACACGUCGCUCCAGAACGUGAGGCAAGCCAUUGACGUCGAGAGGAAACUGAUCGAUUACCUGAGAGCUUAUAUCGACGGCGAGCAGCAGAGGCUGGAGGACAUGAAGCGGUUUCAUGCCAAGGUGUCCGACCUCCACACUGAGCUCUACAAAGGUCCUGCAGCUGCAAUGGUGAACCCGCUGGUGGCCUUCACGCUCGUCAAGCGGCUGCAUUUGGAGUGGCUGAACGUCGUCUACAGCAAUGAAGCUCAAGAAAACGCUCAAACCCUCAGGUCCAGAUACGAGGAAGAGGAGGCUCACUUGCCCAAAGUGGAAGACCUCCGGGGGGCUGCAAAGGGGCUGAUGAGGCUCCAGGAUGUGUACUCGCUCCAAGUUUCAAGCCUGGUAAAGGGCCGCUUCCAGAGGGCCAGCGGUGGAGGUGUGAUUGACGUCUGCUCGCCUGCUGUGUCUGUCUCGCUGUCUGGUGACGACUGCUUCCUGGUUGGGAAGGUGGCCUAUGAACAGGAAGACUACUACCACUCGGUGCAGUGGUUGGAGGAGUCGGUGCGUCUCUUCAGGGGAGCCGCAGGACAGUGGAUUCCUGAGAAUGAAGGGACCUUAGAGGACGCUCUGGAUCACCUGGCUUUCUCCCACUUUAAAACAGGAAAUGUCUCGUAUGCCUUGAAUUUGUCUCACGAGUUACUGCAUCACGAUCCAAUGAAUGCACGGGUGUUGCAGAAUGUUGAGAAAUAUGAGAAGCUGCUGGGUUCUGUUGGUCCAACCAGGGAGAGCAGCUUAGGAAGACCUGGCUCCUCUUUCUUAACGACACGGGACACUUAUGAGAGACUGUGCCUGACUCAGGGCUCCCAGCCGAUGCACUUUGAAAACCCCAGACUGUUCUGUGACCUCUUCACCAACAACAACAGUCCUGCACUGAUCCUGCAGCCUGUGAGGCGGGAGGUCCUGAGCCUGCAGCCUCAUGUGGAGCUUUACCACGACUUCCUCACAGACACUGAGGCGGAUGACAUCAAGAAGCUCGCCCAGCCUGGCUUGAAGAGAUCCGUGGUGGCAGCUGGAGAGAAGCAGGAAACAGCAGAUUAUCGAAUCAGCAAGAGUGCGUGGCUGAAGGGCUCGGAGGGCUCCACCGUUGAGAGGUUGGACCGAAGGAUUUCUGUGGUGACGGGUUUGAACGUGACACACCCAUAUGGCGAGUUCCUGCAGGUGGUGAAUUAUGGGAUUGGUGGACACUAUGAGCCGCAUUUUGACCACGCCACAUCUCCCUCCAGUCCUGUUUUCAAGCUGAGAAGUGGGAACCGCAUGUCGACCUUCAUGAUCUACCUCAGCUCAGUGGAAUCUGGCGGCUCGACGGCCUUCAUAUAUGCCAACUUCAGUGUUCCAGUUGUGGAGAAAGCUGCCAUCUUUUGGUGGAACCUCCACAGAAAUGGUCAGGGAGACGAAGACACUCUGCAUGCUGGCUGCCCGGUGCUCAUCGGUGACAAGUGGGCAGUUCCAAUAUGUCUCUGUGCCACAGUGGCCAACAAAUGGAUCCACGAGUACGGCCAAGAGUUUGAGCGUCGCUGCAGCCUGAACCCUGAGGAGUGAGAGGGAGCACAAGCCUUUACUACUGUCAGGCACGUUGGCAAGAAGAGACGAGAGAGAGAGCAUGUGUGUGUGUCUGUGUGUGUGUGCACAGACGAGGGAGGGACCGAAGGGGCCAACCUACUUCUUUGAUUGGAGCCCGGGGCCCCAGGGAGCCUUGACAGUUCUGCUGUGGAUGUGGAGGUGAAGGUGGAGCAAAAUCAGCCCAUGAAGACCAACUGUUUCCAUCAGUCACUUCAUGCUAGUGGAGGAGUGUUUACAUUGCUUGCAUUUCGCAGGAAUGCUGGAAGAUGCUCGUGCAGGGCACGCAACGUAAAUCAUCAAAUGAAACUUGUCCUAAAUUUGGUCAUCAUUGACAAUGUAAAGUUCAGACUGCGUAAAACAUCUCAUUCUGUCACGCCUGAUAGAAGAGUCUCAUCACUGUCACUGUUUCUCACUCAGACUGAUGAAAACGUGGUCUAACAAAACAAAUAAAGUAUUAAAUCAGCCUCUA